GAGGCUGAGUGGCAGCUGCGCUGCUGGCUUAUAAUGGGGCUUUGCGGCUUGACGGAGGCCGGGCCGCGCUACUGGUGUAAAGGGGCGGCCGCGGGGGCAGGGCGGUUCCGCUAUUGACGUAACAGGCCAAAGCGUGUAAAUUGGUCCCGCGCAGGGCGGGGAAGAGGCCCCCCCCCACACACACACACACGCAGGGCGGGAGGAGGGGAAGAGACGCCCCCCCCACAGGCAGGGCCGGGAGAAGUGUGUGUGUUUUUGUGUGCAUCUCUGUCACUGCAUGUUGCCUGGGGUUGUGUUUUGUGUUUGUGUGCGCCUCUCGCUGUGUGCCGUGUGCGAUGCUGUGUGUGUCUCGCUAUGUGCUCUGGGUGUGCGUCCGCUGCGGUACGUCUCUCAUGGCAGCAUGUGUUAACAUGCGCGUCUGUUGCAUACCUGUGCUGUGUGUUAGGUGUUGUGGUGUGUCACACGCAGGGUGUCACUGGGGGUGUUCCGGUGUGUGUCACACGUGGGCUGUCAUAUGUGUGUGUCACGCGGCGGGUGACAGGCUGGGGGGGUCACUCUGUCGGGAGGUCUCUAAUACACGCUCCCCCUCCAUAAAAUCCCGUCCGGGGCGGGGCUUCUAGGUAGCCCCGCCCCGUUAGGCCCCGCCCGCCGUCGCGGCGUCCUGGGAGGGGCUUCCGUGUGGCCACGCCCCCUCCCGCCGCGCAGCCUCGCUCCAGCUCGGACCCGCCCCACCCCCUCAGUAUCGACGCCGUUGAUUGGUCGCGGGCGUCUGCUCGGCGGGGCCCAAUCAGGGGGCGCUGGGCGGCGGGGUCCGGCCUGGAGGAGACGGAGCAAGAGGAGGCGGCGGCGGCGGCGGCGGCCGGGCCGAGGCCAUGGCAGAGGAGCUGCCCCCCUCCCUCUUCUUCCAGCACCAGUACAUGUGCUCCGAGUGCGGCCUGCUCUACAACACGCUGGAGGAGGUGCUGAUCCACCAGCAGAGCCACCUGGGGGAGCCCUGCCAGCCCCCCGGCGCCGCCCCCGCUGUGGCCCUCGACGUGGGGCCCCUGCAGGAGAACCACUACCAGUGCCUGGAGUGCGGGCGUGUCCUGCUCUCGCCUGACGAGCUGCUGGCCCACCAGAGCCUGCACCCCCGCCAGGUGCCUGCCCGCCCGCCGCCCCCCACCUCUGCCAGCCAGAUUCACUACCAGUGCAGCGAGUGCAAGGAGCUCUUUGCCGCGCCUGACCUGUGGCUGGCCCAUCGCCAGAGCCACAAGGCCCAGGAGCCUAUGGCCACCCCCCCGCCGCCGCUGCCCCCUCCCUCGCCGGCCCCCCAGCCGACCAUGCACCCCUACGAAUGCUCAGAGUGCGCCGGCCUCUUCCAGACACCUGAGGAGCUGCUGGAGCACCAGGGUGAGCACUUCACCGAGACUGAGAAGGAGAGCGGGGAGCCGGCUGUGCCCGAGGGGCUCAAACCCGAGGUCCCCAGCUCACCCAGCCCCUCACAGCAGAUGCCAACGCUGGCCCCUCCACGGGCCUGGCGCUGCGGCGAGUGCAAGCAGGAGUUCGGCAUGGCGGAGGAGCUGCGGCGCCACCGCCGGGAGCACGCCUCAGAGGAGUUCCUGUGCGGCGAGUGCCAGCGUGGUUUCACCACAGCCAACCGGCUGCUCGCUCACCAGCGCGUGCACGUGGACGGCACACACGAGUGCCCCAACUGCAGCAAAGUCUUCAAGAAGGCGGCCUCGCUGGAGCAGCACACGCGCAUCCACAAGGGCGAGGCCCUGUACCUGUGCGUGGACUGCGGUCUGGGCUUCGGCACCGAGAUGACGCUGGUGGUGCACCGCAAAAGCCACACAGCCAACCCCCUGCACCGCUGUGCCUGCGGCAAGACCUUCAGCAACAUGACCAAGUUCCUCUACCACCGCCGCACCCACGCGGGCAAGAGCGGGGCCCCGCCGGCCCGUGCCCCUGCCCCGGAGCCGGCCCAGCCACCUGAGGAGGAGCUGGCGCAGCUGCCCGCUGCUGGGGCGCUGAACGGCUUGCCGGCACCCCCUGCUGCCGGCGGCUUCCUGUGCCCACAGUGCGGCAAGGAGUUUUCCAGCCACAUCCGCAUGGUGCGGCACAAGCGGGUGGUGCACGUGCUGGAGCGCAAGCACAAGUGCCCCACCUGCGGCAAGACCUUCAAGAAGCUGGUGCACGUCCGGAACCACCUGCGCACGCACACCGGGGAGCGCCCCUUCCAGUGCACCGAGUGCGGCAAGACCUUCGCCUCCCAGGCCAACCUGAUGCGCCACCACCUGACCCACACCGGCGAGCGCCCCUACCAGUGCGACGUCUGCCAGAAGCGCUUCACCCAGUCCUCCAACCUGCAGCAGCACCGGCUGCUUCACUCGGGCGCCGGCCCCUUCCCCUGCCAGGACUGCGGCGCCACCUUCUCACGGGCCCACAAGCUGGCCCUGCACCGCGUCAGCCACACAGGCCAGCUGCCCUUCCAGUGCCCUGAGUGCGACAAAUCCUUCGCCCGCAAGCGGCUGCUGGAGCUGCACCGGCUGGCCCAUGCCGGGCGCGAGCCCCACCGCUGCCCAGACUGCGGUGCCCUCUUUGUCCGCCUGGCCAAGCUGGAGGAGCACCACUGUGCCCACAAGAAGCUGUACCCGUGCCCGUCCUGUGGCAAGUGCCUGGGUUCCCUGGCCAAGCUGGCGCUGCACCAGCUGGUGCACUCCGGCCAGCGCCCCUUCACCUGCAACCUCUGCGGCAAGGGCUUCACCAACCCAAGCGGGCUGAGUCGGCACCAGCAGCGCCACACGGGCGUGCGCCCCCACAAGUGCCCGCUCUGCUCCAAGACCUUCGUGGCAGCCUCGGGGCUGCAGCUGCAUCAGCGCACGCACACGGGCGAGCGCCCCUUCCCCUGCCCGGAGUGCGGCAAGGCCUUCCGGCAGGCCACCCACCUGCGGGAGCACCGGCGGCUGCACACUGGCGAGCGCCCCUACCAGUGCCCAGAGUGCGGCAAGGCCUUCAUCCAGUCCAUGCACCUGGCCGAGCACCGGCGCAUCCACACCGGCGAGCGCCCACACCGCUGCCCGCACUGCCCCAAGGCCUUCAAGACCCUCUCCAACCUGCGCAGCCACCGCAAGACCCACGGGGCUGCCACCACCCCAGCCCCGCCCACCGCCCAGCCCACCCAGACCAUCAUGUGCACUGAGUUUGGGGAAACCAUCGCCAUCAUUGAGACGGCGGAACCGCUGCCCCUGGUGGAGACCAUCGAAAUCUACCAGGCUGCCCUGGAGGGCAGCCUCCAGGUGGACAAUCUGCAGGUCAAUGCCUUCGUAUAGGGGCACAGCGCAACCCCCUGUAAAUAAAAGUUCUGGUUUUGCCCAUU